UGAUCGGCUAGUUAAAAUGGCCGCGCCCAUCGGAUGCGUGUUUUCAAGUGUGGUCAACACCUAAAAACGUUGAGUGUGGUUGAAGUUGCGCUAUGAAUUCGUGAGCGCGAAAUUGCAUUUUCGCCUUGUUUCUGUCACCUUUCGUUGUUCAGCGAACACAGUUACGCGAUGAGCGGGCGACUCAUAAUUUUGUGCCAGGGGCUGGGGCGCUUCACGCCGAACUUUCUGCGCGUGCGGACAGCAGCACCUUCGCCGGCCUGCGGCUGCGCCAGGUACCCGUUACGGCUGACGCGCCGUGCGAACAGUUCGUCCGGGCAACCGUCGGCGAAGCUGCCUUUCGAAGUGGACACGAACGUCGCCAAACACACGGAGAUCUACCGAUACGACAACUUCAGAGUGUUCGCGGCACUGCGGAUGUUCACGGUUUCGCAGGCGUUCCUCUGGGCCUACAUGGGUCAGGUCUGUUACUCGAUCACCGAUCCCCAGGAGACCCCUCCACCGGACGUGGACACCAGCGGGAGGCUCGGCGGAUUGUUCCAGUUCCUGCGCGAGCGCUUGACCACUCAGCCGUACCGUUACGGCCUGGUCGCCUUCUGCACUGCAAUGGGCACGUUGGUGGCUGUAGGCAGCAGCAUGUUCGUCCUGCGCAACGUGCGUUCCCUCCUGUUGCUCAAAGGCGGCCAGCAAGUCGCAGUGCAGACGUACGCACCUUUCCGGGAGCUGCGAACCUUUCAGGUUCCGUUGGAGCACAUCAGCUGCGGUCAGUCGCGACUCCAGAAGUCCAGCUACAUAACGCUCAAGAUAAAAGGUCACUGGAUGCACUACGUGCUCGACCAGCGGGGCAUCUUCCCACGUCCCGAGCUGUUCGACAACACCGUGGGCGUGGCACGGAAGUUGAAGUGAAACGACCACCUAAGAGACUGCUGAAGAAUCGGUUGAUCGUUCGUUGUUAGUUCGAGGCGUCGGCAACCUUGCACAGAAUGAAUGCUGUACGUUGUGUGUGCUAUUGCGAUAUAGAUUAAAGGGAUCAUUAAGUGAAACAAUGAAUUGUCUUAGAUGAAUAAAUUAUUAACGAGAAAGC